AAACCUGCCCAGAGGAGAAACCUCAUCAGAUUUCUGAGUGUCAUAAAGGAAUUACAGAUGUGCUGAUAUUGCAUCACAUGGCGAGCUAUAUGGCUUUUUGCAGCGCGUCUUACAAGGCUGGCAUGCCUGAACACAGUUAAACUGAGGAGGAAACUGUAGAUUAUCAAAUUCCUCAUGUGUAGACCAGCUGUCCCUGCGUGUACGUGCUCAGGUUUAGACAGAAGCUGUGGUUUGGCCCUCAUUGAGGGUCUCUGAGAAGUUGCUUAUGUGGCACCUCGGCUCCCCUUCAUUAUUUCCUGAUGUGUUCUCUCCUCUGUCCUCUUUCUGUCUUUUGUUUUUUUCCUGCUUGGGAGUGAUAAUCACAUCCCCAAACUACCCAGAGUCUGAUUUAUAUCCUUAAAUGUGACUCAUAGAUUAAUUAUAAGGAUAAAUAAAUUUAUAAACACCUUAAGAUAACUUAUCUUAGAUCCUUCCACGUCUCCAUCUCUGCUUCAAACCCUCCCACCUUCUCCCUUUUCCUGUCUUUAAUUACGGUGCCUCUGAUUGGCUGAAACUUUCUGAAACAUCGGACCAAUCAGGCAUCUUGUUGAGGCGGCCCUUGACGCCCUCAGGUGGUCCCCGUGUGUGUGUUUUCUGCGUGAAUCUUAAUGAAUGCUUGUUGCGUGUGUGUUUGGUUUAAAACCAUGCCCGAUCCCUUGGUCAGGGCAGUCUGAAGUCAGAAGGGCCCGCAGGUACAGGGUGCAACAGGAAGCUCCAUCACACCCCACAAACACACACACUUAGUGUUUGAACCCAGGUGGACUGAGUCACCCGAGUCCACAUCUGGAUCCGCAGACGGCCACACCACUAAGAUAACCACAGGAGAGGAGGAGGUGAAAUCAUGGCUGGAAGGAGGAGAACCAGUUUCUCUGGCGUGUUCAUCACGGCUCUGCUGGCUGUGACGCUGCUGCCUGCAUUCUUGUCUGCUGGACCAGUCCCGAAAAAGCUAAAAGGAGAUGCUGGAGAAAGUAUCCGAGAGAAGUCCGCUGCUGCAGAGUCGCACAGGAGGCUGAUCCGCAAUCGCAGGAACAUCAGCUGGUACAAACAGCACUCCGACUUCUGGAACUGGUACAAGUACUUCACCGACAACGGCAACCAGGAGGCAGUUCAGGAGAUGGACCGCAUGUACCUGGCCUACCUCCAGAACAAGAACCGUGCCGAGGGUCGUCGCUCCUACAAGGCCUACUUGCGCCACCUGGGGGAUGUCUACAAGUCCUGUGCCGAUUCUGAUGACCCCAACUGCGUGGCUUCCUACACCAGCAGGCCUACACCAGAGCCCCCCAAGCCUGCACCAGUAAAAACAUGCGACCCCACCAAAGAUCCCUACUGCCUGUACGCUGCUUUGGUUCAGGGCAAGAGCCCCUACCUGCCCCUGGUUCUCCCUGCUGCCGUCCCUGCUCCGGCACCAGCCAAGGCCCCGGCCCCUCUUUACGUCCGGUCUGCUCCAGCCAAGGACCCACAGUCUGGGUAUUACUACUACGCUCCAUCUGCAGUGCCUUUCCUCUCCAAGGAGCAGAAGGCCGAGCUGAUGCGUAUCUGCUCCGCCGAGGACGUUGAGUGUCUGCAGUACCACCUGAGAGCAGCUUACGGAUACACACCCGCUGCCGGAUCCCUGCCUUCCUACGCUCACCUCGGCUGUGACCCCAAGACUGACCCGACCUGCAAAGCCAAACUGGUGCAGAAAGCCCCCUCUGGCGUUUACGUGCAGUACCCCAACUGUGAUCCACGGGAUCCCCGAUGUGCCUACGCUGCCUCGCUUGUGGCACCUCGUGCCCCUAACCCGCCUGCCCCUGCUGGCCCUGGAUCCUGCAACCCUCUGUAUGAAGAAGGCUGCAACCCUCUCACUGCUACCAAGUUUGCUACUCCCCCCGAGACAUACAGAAACGAGGAAAAUGAGGAGGCUGCUGCCAUUCGUGCUGCUCCUCGUCCUGCUGAGCAGAACAACGACCCCUAUGCCAUGUUUAGAGAUCCUCGUCCUUCUGAGCAGAACAACGACCCUUAUGCCAUGUUUAGAGAUCCUCGUCCCGCUGAGCAGAACAACGACCCCUAUGCCAUGUUUAGGAAUGCUCAUGCUAACAGAGUUACUGAUCCCUAUGCUAUGUACCGCCAGGCCCCAGCUUCUCCUCCUGCUAAUGACCCAUAUGCCAUGCUGCGCCGAUUCAUGUCCCAGGCUCAAGGUCAGGACCAAUAUGCUCCACGCAUGGAGGCUGCUCCAGAGUUGAACCCCAACGAUCCUUUCGCUGCAAUCCGUGAGGCGGCAGCUGCCAUGCAUCGUCAUGGUCCUCCCACUCCCAGGCAGCAGUACCCUUAUGCCAAUCCCAAUUAUGAAGAGCCACCCCAGGAGGAGCGCCACCCUCUGGGGGUCCCAGGUAAAACCGAGGAGGGCUACGACUGCUACAUGGGUUAUGAUCCAGAAUGCAAACCAGUGAACAAGCCCCAGCCUCGCUCUGGAGCUCAUCGUCGCGUUCCUUACAACGCCGAAGCCUACGAGCCUCACCUGAACGCUGACGGCACCCGAAAUGGAGUCCUCGAGCCGGCCAACCCACACUGCGACCCUGAACAUGACCCCGACUGCCGCCUGCGUCGCUAUGAGCCCGAGCAGACCCGCGCCGAGGCCCAGCCUGAGCGUUACGCUGAGGAGGACCACAACCAGAGGGCAGCGGAGAGCGAGCAGCAUCCAGAGCAGCAGGAACAAGACCAGUACGAGGCAGAGCCCUACCAGAGCGGCCAAGAGGAGCCUCACAUCCCCUACUCACAAGGUAUGCCCAGCCUCCAGGACAUACUGAGGCGUUACGGAGACCAAUACCCGGAUCAGGAGGAUCACAGAGGCUAUGCAGAUGACUACCGCAAGAAAUAAACAUGCCAACACACACACACACACACACACAUGCAUGCAGAUGGACAUGAAUACACAGUCCCGUGCGUUCUUGUAGCUUAGCCCUUGACCGCCUCAUGCGCAGUAAGUCCUACCAGGACCAGAUAUGGGACUUGAGAAGUCUAUGGACCCAAUGAGCGAGUACAUGCACGUACUUUCACACAUAGCUUCCAGCUGUAGGAGCACGCUCAGAAAGCCGAGGGUGUUCCAGCGACGUUUUCAUCCCUGUAGCUGCUUUAGACCUGUUGCUUUGGCCUAUUGCUUUCCAGUCUUGUUUCUCCUCAAACCACUCGAAUGUGUAAUGACUUCUUAACGCUCGGCUUUGCUUCUGUUUCUAUGCAUCUCAGAUUUGUUUGUUGCUUUUUUGUCAGUGAUGGAUUAUGUAAAGAUUUUUUUUUUUUCAUUU